UGAUUGCUACGUUUUACACACAGACAGCCUGGAGUACUGCUGAGGAUUAAUCUGCACCAGCUCUACAGGGAGCAAACUGCCUGAAGCAAAAUGACCACUCAGGGGAUCCAGAUGCCAUCCAGCUGUGAAGUUCCAGAUAUUCCCUGUGGACUGAAAGUCUUUAGGACAUUGCCAUAUGCCUUUAUCUUAAUCGAAUUGAUGUUAGGAUGCUGGGUCUGGAUUUUGGUUGCCGCAACUGGAGUCGUUAUUGCUAUCAACAAUGGCUGGGUCAUGUAUGUGUCUGUGUCUUGUUUCUUCUUUUCGCUGAUACUGCUCAUGGUCUAUGUGUUUGGAUUGCACAAAAACAACUGCGGAACCUGGAGAAUAGUGGAUGUCAUUUAUCAUGGAAUCGCUGCAAUCUUUUACCUCAGUGCUGCUGUUUUAGUGGUGAAUUCAGCAAUAAUGUGUAAUGCUACUCUAGGUGCAGCUGUACCUCCUAUACCACCUUUCUAUCUUGGCUGCGCGUUGGUUAAUUACCGCUUGCUAUGCGCGGCCUCGGUCUUUGCUUUUGUCACAUCACUUUUAUAUAUGCUGCACAGCUUCCAGUCCUAUGUUCGUUGAAGAGCCAGACAGAGACGCAUGAGCAACCACUGGAACGGAACAGAAACCCAACUCAAAACAAUACGCACAGGGGAAAUUUGGCAAACGUUAUCAAUAUUUAAUAUCUGUAAAAGAAACAUGUGGUUAUUCUCAACCCUGUCAUUAUACACACAAUUUGGCUAUUGUUGUAUUUCGUAUGUAUCACAUUAUUAAUAAAGGCAGGACUGCCAUUAAUAUUGGGUGGGGCUGCCAUGUCUUUUAGAAAAAAAAAACCAGCCUUGCUAUCUCUGUAAUCUUUCCUAAGCAGUGGCACCAUGUGCUGUUUGUACCAGCUGGGCCAUAGAAGUACCAGACAGAUGGCAAUCCCAGUGGGUUGGGCUCAGAACAAAACAACCAGUGUGGUGUCUAAUUAUUCAUGAUCCAGCCUGUAACUCUCCUGAGCUACAGCUCCCAGAAUCCCCCAGAAAACUAGAGCCUGCAACUUAGACAUCCCUACCUUGAACGUGUGGCCCACACAUGGAAAUUUAUUCCUUCCACUUUACUUACAAGUUCUGCUCUGUAGCCCGCACACAGAGUAGAAAGAGUGGGAUCUGGUGCAGCCACUCCUACUUACUAACCCCACUCCAAUUAUAUUUCAGAUUAAAAAGGAAAACAUUCAAAAUAUUGUAACAUGAAUCACACACUUAUAUUUUGCCAGGCCACAGCCUCGACUAUGAUAGGUUGGGAAAGACACUCACGGUAUAUAUAUAUAUAUUUAUGGUAUAAAGGGUGCAUGAAAAGUAUUAUUGAAACCCCCCUAUAUUCUUAAUAACUUUGAGCACUUUCUGCUGUAUUAUGCUCUAUUUGUCAUAAUUAUAUUUAUUUGUUUUUCUUACUCUGAUUUCCCUAAACUGUUCCUUUUAUUAUGGGUUGUAUAAUAAAAUUAUGUUGCUCAGGGUUUAAGAAGCAAUGAUUCACUGGACUAUGGUCACACUUCUGAUUCUUUUAUCUUCUGCUUGGACUGAUUCAUUUGGUCUGACUGUACAGGACUGGGCUUUUGACACUCAAACCUUAAAAUCAGAAACCCCAUCACAUAUUCCCUGACAAAUAUCUGCCUCUGACUGGCUAGAGACCCUGGUUUUAAGCCAAAUGGUAAAUCAUGGGCAUAUUUAAUGCACACAUGAGCCUGAGGAGAGAACAAAAUAAACACUUUACUCUUCAUAACAUUUGAUUAUAGCUAUUUAACUUUGUGGUACAAAUGCAUGUAAAAAAUGGUCAGUAUAGGGACCUGUUCUAUUUUAUGCGACACAACUCGAACAAAUAAAUGGCUCUGUAGGGAUUUCUCUUUAAUGAAUAGAUAAAGAGAUAAAACAUGUGAAAGUCAUUUUAUGUUUUAUAUUACAGCAACCUGAUUACUUACAAUCAGAUCUUAUGAAGCUACUGAACAGCAUUGAAACUGAACUGAAAAUAUGCUCAGGAUCUGUCAUUUCCAAGAAUCCCCUUAUUUACAGUGACAAGUCAGAUGGUGAACAAGUUUGUUUGUCACACAUUGACUUUGGAUGAUGCCAUUUAAAUGGCUGAGAAGGACAGCAGCUUUGCCCACUUUGUCUACUUCUACUACUAGUACCCUAUGCUAAUUUCUGGUUUUGCUUUAUUUUAUCCAGUGGAUGGUAUCCUCAGUUCUUUAGCCCAGAAUCAAUUUAGUUGGAUAUGAUAUGAUGUUUAAAGGACAAGUAUAGAAAUAAAACAUUGGUGGAAGGUACCAGUUUGUUAGAUCCCUUAGUGACCAAAGCCUUGUACCCUGGGCUGACAUGGUGGCACUUUGUUGCAGAAUGCGACAAUGGCUACUUUUUUUGUGCUCCCAGGAGUCCCAUGUUGCUGCUUGAGGUGGGCAUAAGUACAGUACGGUAUAGCUUUCAAAGUGUGCUCUUCUGCCUUGUUUUACUCAUAGGACAGCUAGGAAAAAGAAAGAUAUUGCUUCCAUGCUCUGCAGUAAAUUAACCCUAACCAGUUCAUUCUUUAAAGAACAAGAAUGAAGUUUACUGGUGUGGGAUUAAAGAAUUAUGAAGUUUGAUCACUGAAGGUGAGUCAUAUAUUGCCACCCCCCUAGUAUUAUUUACUUUACUUGUCCUUUAAGUUGUAUAGAUGUAAUAUUUAGAGUGGAACAUGAAAACUGUAUUAUAUGAUAUUUGCUAAGUAAGAACAUUAAAAUGUCCUAUGUGUCUAA